GUGUGGAUUUGUUCAAUGAAGUCUAAGUGAAAGUGAUGUUGAUCCGGACAAGAGUAGCUAGCUAGCUAACGUUCAAGGCGUUAAGUGUCGUAAACAUUGUCAAAUAUUGCCUGAAAGUUUAGCAAGCUAAUAAAUCGAGAUGUUUCCUAAUUUUGGAUCGAAAUCGGAUGCAAAUUUACUGUAAUCUCCGGACCAGCAAGCUAUUGAGAAGCUAGCGUCGUUAGCUAAUGUAGUUAGCAUCAACUACUGAACAUUCUCCACCUGUGUUUCUGAACAUCGGGAUAUUUUCUUUGUGCAUUUUUCUGGAGGAUUACAAUGUUAUGCUUGUCGACCAUUUAUUUUUGUUGAAUCAUUUUCAUAGCGUGUUAGCAACUGUCUAUCAACUCUGCCUCUCCAGCUCCGACCGUGGCUGGCUAACUAGCUAGGCUAGUUAUCCAGCCCUGCCACCCGCUGUGCACUUCCCCCACUCACCUCCUUCUCCAGUCGGCUAGCUUUAGCUAGCCCGCUAAGUAAAAUGAGACAAGCAUAAACUAUUUAACUGUGUAGCCUGCUGCAAAAUGGAUUGUAAUCUGACGUAUGAAGACACAACCAUCACAUUGUAAGGUCUCUGUCAAGGAGAUCAGCAGAGGGGAUGGACAAGCCGAAAUCAAACUGCGAAGAAAAUGUCUCUGAACCGACAGCUGAUGAAAGCGCCCCUACAGAGCAGCCAGUCCUCUCAGAGGUGGAGUCGGAGGCCCCUUCCGCUGCAGAAGACGCGUCGGACACUGCUGCUGCCACUUCCAACACACCUGUGGAGAACAGGGUGAGGGCCUGUGCUCUCUGUAACUGCGUGGAGCGCAGCCUGCAUGGACAACGGGAACUCCGACAUUUUGGGCCAUCUUCCUCCCGGCCAGCCCUAGAGCCCUCAGCUUCCUCACUGCCAGGGCCUGGGAACGAUGACCUGUCUUCCAUCGGAUUCUCAGACUCCGACGCAUCCUGUCUGGCAGCACAGUUGGAGGACACAGGGGGUUGCUGGGUGCAUCACUGGUGUGCGGUGUGGUCAGAUGGGGUGAAGCAGUUGGAGGAGGCUGAGGAGGAGCUGGAGAAUGUGGACAAGGCCGUCAUCUCAGGGACACAGCGGCUGUGUGAAUAUUGCAAGCGUCUGGGUGCUACCAUCCGGUGCCAUGCUGAGGGCUGCUCACGGUUCUACCACUUCCCCUGCUCUGCUGCCAGCGGCUCCUUUCAGUCCAUGAAGCAGCUGGCUCUCCUCUGUCCGGAGCACAUAGACAAGGCUGAGGAGAUGGCGGGUGAGGAGGCUCAGUGCGCGGUCUGUGACUCUGCGGGGGAGCUGCUGGACCUUCUGUUUUGUACGGGCUGUGGGCAGCACUACCACGCCGCCUGUCUGGAGAUCAGCGCCACGCCCAUACAGAGAUCAGGGUGGCAGUGCCCAGAGUGUAAAGUGUGCCAGACAUGCAGGCAACCAGGGGAGGACUCGAUGAUGUUAGUAUGUGAUGCCUGUGAUAAGGGCUACCACACCUUCUGUCUCCAGCCAGCCAUGGACUCUCUUCCCUCAGACACAUGGAAGUGCAGAAGAUGUCGGGUGUGCACGGACUGUGGUGCUAAUGGUCUGACGCUGCCCGGCUCGGCCCAGUGGUUUGACAACUAUGCCGUGUGUGAGGGCUGCCAACGUACCCGCAGCUCUACGUGUGGCGUCUGCAGCAAAGCCUCGGAACCACCAGUCACACUGCCGCGCUGUAGCACCUGCAACAGGUGGGUGCACAGUGAGUGCUCCUCUACGUCGGAGCCACCUGAGGAAAAGUGGAUCUGUUCGCUCUGCCGAGACAGAGAGCCUCCGCCAGACCCUGUCACACAGACAGACGGACAGACGGACACGAUGGAGAUGCAGACCACAGAGACGGGGUCUGAGGUGACGAUAGAAGGACAGACAGACACAGUUGCCGAGAUGCCAAUCCAGACAGACUCGGCGGCUGAUGUUACGAUAGAAAGACAGACGGCCGUGUCCGAGAUGACCGUGGGACAGACGGACAUGUCUGAGGAGGUGACGAUGGAACAGGCGGAGACCAAGACGGACGAGGAGGUGCCCAUGGAGCUGGGGACGGAGGCUGAAGUGGUAGAAAGGACAGAGAGCACCAUGGAGGAGGGGCCUCAGCUGGAAACGGAGGAAGUCCCUGCAGAACAGCCCAUGGUCCAGGCUGAGGUUACAGAAGCAUGUGAAACAACAGAACAACAGGAGGCUUCUAGUUUACCUGUGACUGUUGUGGAAGAGAGAACAGAGGAGGCUUCCAACCAGAUGCCCCAACCCCAGGUCAGCUCUGUCCCUGUCCUUGAGUCUCCGGAGUCACCAGAACAGCAACCACCACAGUCGCCAGAGCCAGCACCAGUAGUCCAGCUAGGCCCUGACCACAGAAAGGAGAGGGAGGUGGAGGUCAAGCCCUCAACAGAGCAGCAGUCAACACAGGAGAAGGAGGAGAAGAUAAGCGGUGAGGGCAGGUCUACCACCAAGCCAUUCAUUCGGGACUCGCCAGAGUCACCAACCCCUCCCAUCUCCAUGCAAGAGUCAGAGCAUGUUUCCAUGGACACAGUUGAGGCGGGGCUAAAGGAGGAGCGCUCAGGGUCUCCCAUUCCUCCUGCUCCACAGGCCAACACACAGGAGGCUGCUCCUUCUACUGUGGACAUGGAGGACAGGGGGACUCACUCUGAGGAGGAGGAGGAGUUUGUAGAAGAAGAGGAGGAACAGCAGGGGAAGGAGGCAGGCGGAGAGGGUCAUCAUAGUCAUCACAGAAGGGUCAAGAUCAAGCAGGAGCCCCAGGACCCCACGGAGGAGCAGGAGGAGACGAAGCCUGAUCAACUCCUCUUGGAUGAGAUGUCCAACCAGAGUCACCAGAGUCACGGGGACGAGAGCAGCUCUGGCUUCCUGGGCUCCCCGGCCGAGAACGAGGCUGAGGCAGAGCCUGACGCACAGCUGUCCAUGGAGCUUAGCCUGAUGCCCACCGGACGCUCCCGUUCCGACUCCCUGCUCACUGAGACGGACGACUCGCUGCCCUUUGACCCCCUCAAACCAGACGGGGAGAAGAAGAGGAGAGGCUCGCCGGGGCGCUCCCGGGUCAAACAGGGGCGGGGCAGCAGCAGUUUCCCGGGGAAGCGGCGCCCUCGCGGUGGUGGCGGUGGGAGGGGCCGUGGCGGAAGGAACCGCCUCAAAGCCAUGGCCUCCUGCAUCGACGCCUUCCUGCUGAGCAUGACAGCAGCAGACACUGGACUGUGUAAAGAGGAGGAGGAGGGGGAGGAAGAUGAGGCUAUGCAGAACACAGUGGUGCUCUUCUCCAACACAGAUAAAUUUGUCCUGCUUCAGGACAUGUGUGUGGUGUGUGGCAGUUUUGGGAAGGGUGUGGAGGGGCAGCUGCUGGCGUGUGCUCAGUGUGCCCAAUGUUACCAUCCAUACUGUGUAAACAGCAAAAUGACUAAGAUGAUGCUGCGUAAGGGCUGGCGUUGUCUGGAAUGUAUCGUGUGUGAGGUGUGUGGCAAGGCCUCGGACCCGGCCCGCCUGCUACUGUGUGACGACUGUGAUGUCAGCUACCACACCUACUGCCUGGACCCGCCCCUACACACUGUACCCAAGGGGGGGUGGAAAUGCAAAUGGUGUGUGAGCUGUAUGCAGUGUGGUGCCAGCAGCCCGGGGUUCCACUGUGAGUGGCAGAACAACUACACCCACUGUGGCCCCUGUGCCAGCCUGGUCACCUGCCCUGUCUGCAGGGAGAACUUCAUGGAGGAGGAGUUGCUGCUGCAGUGUCAACACUGUGACAGAUGGGUGCACGCGGUGUGUGAGAGUCUGUACACUGAGGACGAGGUGGAGCAAGCUUCUGAUGAGGGCUUUGCCUGCACCUCCUGCACUCCCUACGUUCCCAAACCCAUAGUAACAGUGGAUACAACCUACAUGACAGCCAUGAAGAUAAAAGAACCAGAGCCCCAGUUCUACCGCUUGGAGGGGGUGUGGCUGACCGAGACGGGCAUGUCCCUGCUGCGUAGCAUUUCUAUGUCUCCCCUACACAAGAGACGGCAGCGGCGCUCCCGCCUGGACAUGCUGUGUGGCGACGGAGGGCAUGACGGCAUUGAGCUAAGAGAGGGCGAGGGAGAUGGGGACGAGGGAAAAGGCUGUGGGGAGCCCAUGGAAUGUGAGACUGGAGCCCCUGGUGUAAAACAGGAGCCUCCAGGGAGCCCAGACAGAGAGUUGGGAGCAGAGGGAGGUGGUGAGGGCAUGGAGGAGGGCCUCCUCAAAGGAGGAGGAGAGGAGACUGACGAGGGCAAGAAGAGGAAGAGGAAACCCUACAGACCAGGGAUCGGUGGCUUCAUGGUUCGCCAGAGGAAGUGUCACACGCGGAUGAAGAAAGGUCUGUUCCCCCAUCUGUCUCAUCUGGCUGGAGACGGGACAAUUACUACAGAUAGACAGACCAGAGAGAAGCCAGCCCUAGAGGAAGGGCCCCACCCAGACACGCCUAUAGAUGGCCCCCCGGAGACUAAGCCAGCUGAGGGAGAGGGGGAGCAGGCCAAGAAACGACGAGGCAGGAAGAAGAGCAAACUGGAGGACAUGUUCCCAGCUUACCUGCAGGAGGCGUUCUUUGGUAAACAACUGAUGGACCUGAGUAAGAAGGCGCUCCUGGUUCCCCCAGGACAGAGGCAUCAUGGUGCCAUGGGUCUCCUCCGACCUCCACUGCCCCAUGCACCAGGGGCCAGACCCACCGCACCUGACGCAAUGGAGGCCAGGGAGCAAGCAAUGGGGGCUGGGAUGCACCUGAAGCAGGAGGGGGGUGAAGGAUCCCAGGUUCAGGGAGAGGGAGCAGGGUCGUCUUCAUCUGUCAAAGAACAGGGUUCAACGGACCCUCAAGGCUCCGACACGGAGAAGAAUGAAGGUCUUCCUCAGGGCAUGGAGAGUCAGGACUCUGAGCAGUUCUUCAGGAAGGUCCUGGGCUCGUCAGAGGGGGCUUCUCUAGGAGGGUCCCUACAGAGCAGCAUGAGGCCCAUCCUGGAGGGAGUCAAGGGGGAGAUGAACCGCAGCGGUCUGCCACAGAGGAACCUCCUCACAGGGUCCCUGCCCUCAGCUGGUGUGAUGGACUCCUUCCCUGGACUCUCUCAAUCGCCGUUCUUCGACAUGCGGGACCGGGGAGGCCUGUUCAGUCCAGACGGGGGAGAGGAGAGCCCAUGGGCGACCCCCUCCACCCCUGCCACCCCCUCCACUCCUCCUACCCCCGGCGAGGCAGAUGGAGACGGGCUGUCCUAUAACCAGCGCAGCCUCCAGCGCUGGGAGAAGGAUGAGGAGCUGGGAGAGAUGUCCACCAUCUCCCCUGUACUCUACGCAAACACAAACUUCCCCACUCUCAGACAGGACUACCCAGACUGGUCCAGUCGGUGUAAACAGAUCAUGAAGAUCUGGAGGAAGGUUUCAGCUGCAGACAAGGUUCCUUUUCUGCAAAAGGCCAAAGACAACAGAGCAGCUCAGCGGAUCAACAAGGCACAGAAGCAGGCAGAGAGCCAGGUGUGUCGGCCCAUCAAGACGGAGGAUGGUGGUGGUGUUGUUCGGGUCAAAGGUGAACGUCCAAGCCUGCACCUCCAGAUCCCCCCGCCCUCAGGUUCUGUCUCCAACCCCUCCCAGCCCAGCUCAGCAGAGAGCCCCUUCCCCUUCCACCCCGACUCGGGAUCCUCUUCCGUCUUCUUCCCUGACGGUCCUCUCAAGACCCCGGGCUCGGCAUCGGCAGAUAUGCGGACAGAUCCCUUUGCCAAGCUGCCUCCCCAGUCCCCCCACCCCUCUCACCACUCCCACCCCUCCACCCCGUACUCCUCCCACCAGGCCGCCUCCAGCCCUAUGCAGGGCCAGGCCUCUUCCUCAGGUUACCCCCACCCCGGCCCACAGGGCCCUCUUCAGGGACGGCCGGCAAGCCUCGGCCCCUUCGACAUGCAACCAGGGACUCCAGGGACUCCCCGGCGGGCCCAGCAGGUGGACCCCUUUUUCAGGCCGCAGCAACAGAUCCAGGGUCACCUACCCCAGUCACAGCAGGGCUCUCAGGAGCACCUAGGCCCCCCAGAAAGCCCUCGGUCCAGGGGUGGAGGGCCUGGGGACUCCCCUCUCUUCUCGCCGCCCCACACCACCCACUAUGGAGACCCAUUCCGAGGCCAGCAGCAGGGGAUGGGGCGUCCAGAAUACGGUUCCUCCCCCUCCCAGGUGUCCUCACCUGUUCGGAUGGGACAGGGGCAGUACAGGGCUGAUAUGAGUGGGGGACCCUCUCCCCGCUCCUCCUCCACGGGACGCCAGGACCUGAGUAACACGGGCUCCCCAGCAGGGAUGCUGGACUCUGGGGAUGGCUUGUUCAAGGCUCCCAUGACGCCCCGGAUGCACCAAGGGGAUGGCGGCAUGGUAAUCCACCCUGGAGCCUCACCCAACCACCCCUCUGAGGUCUACCGCCAGUCCCCCUCUACCCCGUUCCAGGACCCCUAUGCCCAGCCUCCUCUCACCCCCAGGCCCCAGUCUGGGGAUAGCUGCUCCCCCCUCCCCCAGAGGCAUCCCCAGGCCCAGCAGGAGUCCUGCCCCAGGGUCCCCUCCAGCCCCCAGUCCCAAGGCAGCUCCCAGUCCCCCCUCACUCCUGGAGCCCUCUCCAACGAUGCAUUCUCUGUCCAGUCCCCGGCUUCCACCUCGCGCUUCCAGUCACCUGACCCCUACUCCCAGCCCCCCUCGCGCCCCCAGUCCAGGGACCCCUUUGCUGCUCUGCACAAGCCCCCCCGGCCCACCUCCGCUGCUCCAGAGGGCACCCCCAGCUACAGAGGCUCACCUCACCCCAACCAGCCUCCCUCACUCCCCCCGUCCUCCACCCCUGUAGGGGACCCUCUCUCUGGGAAGCCCUCUGGGCCGCCUGGGUUCAGCCGGGGCCCCAACAUGGCCUAUCAGAUGGCCCAGCAACAACAACAACAGCAGCAACAGCAGCAACAACAGCAGCAGCAGCAACAACACAUGGGUGCUGACUUCCACUCCAGGAUGACCCCCCAGCAGGACCCCACAGCCCCCCACCCCCCGGAUGCACCUCAACCCCAGGGGGCUAUGCCCGGCGUCGCCCAGGAGAUGCCGGACAUGUCAGCGGUUCAGGAUCCUGCACUACUGGGCCUCAGCCCCUCUGAGCUAGAGAAGCACAGACAGAAACUGAGGGAGUUGUUGAUCCGACAGCAGAUGCAGCGAAACUCAAUCCGGCAGGAGAAAGAGGCUGCAGCAGCCAGCAGUGCCGCCCCCUGUUGGCCUGGAGGAGACAUGGCAGUCUAUCAGCAAGACAAAGCACGCCGCGCUCCACCACCCUACCCACAGGACCGUGCUGCUGCUGCUGCUGGUGCCCAGGCAGCAUUGGCAGGGAAGAUGGAUGGUGGCCGUCUGCCACCUCCAGGAACCCCUGCCAUGAUGGACCCCAACCAGCUCAGACAACCAGGGCCCCCCAACCCCCAGGGCAUGUAUGGACGACCUCCGUUCCCUGGCCAGUGGCAGCAGGGCCCAGGUCCCCGUCGGUUCCCCCAGCCUGGCAUGGAGGGUGUGGGCCCCAGGCACCACCUCAAUACCCCCAUCAACAUGCAGCCUGGCAUGGACCCCGGAGGACCCCCACCACAGUUCAUCGAGCUGAGGCACAACUCCCAGAGGCUGCCCCUGGGGACCCAGUUUCUCCAACGAGGGCCCCAGCAACGGCCGCGCCUCUACAUCACCCAGCAGCAGGAAAUGGCCCCCGGCCAGUUUGUUCAUCAUCCAAUGACUCAGGGUAUGGACUCUCAGACAGACGGGGUCAGAGACUCACGGCUGGGGCUACAGCAGGGUGGUAUGGGUCUAUUACUGCCCCAGCAGAGCACUGGCCCCUCACAACAACAACCCCAUCUCCAGCCCCACACAGGCACUUCUCAGACCGCUAACACUCCCAGCUCUCACUCUGGGCAGCAGCACCAGCCUCCCCAGAACUCCACAGAGUCCCAGGCUGGAACUUCAGGGGACCCUAAUACUGAUCUCCCCGAGCCCGACCUGGAGGAUCCGUUUGCCCCUAAAAGGCUAGGGAAUGCCCCCGGGGAUGGAGGAAUGGAAGAUGAGGAUGACCUGGCUCUGGAUCUAGACCCUGAUAAGGGUGACGACGACCUGGGUAACCUUGACAAUCUGGAAACCACAGACCCGCACCUAGACGACUUACUCAACAGUGACGAGUUUGACCUGCUGGCUUAUACGGACCCCGAGCUGGACCAAGGGGACCCCAAGGAUGUGUUCUCGGACCAGCUACGGUUGGUGGAAGCAGAGGGUGAAACACCAGGUACCUCUGGAGCUCAGGACAUCAAAGUGGAACAGAAACCAAAAGUGGAGCAAAAUCCAGUCCCAAACACAGGAGGCUCCACAUCGUCCUCAACCCCCCAUCCCUCCUCCUCGGAGUCUGCCGACACCUCCAGGAUAAAGCUCGAGCCAGGCCAAGCGGUGGUGAAGGAUGAGAUGGGAGAAGCAGUCUCCAUGCUCCUUGAAACAAACAAAUCCUCCACUCAACCAGAGAACCAGGGUGCCUCCCUGAGCUCUGUGCGUUUAGGAGGGCUCCCAUACCCUCUUCCUGGUCAGGCUGAUUCCUUAUCCUCUCUCGGGGAGGACCCUUUGGGGCUGCCCGAUGGAGGGGGACAGCACUCCCCAGCCGUGGAUCUAGACAAAGUCGAGAGCUCUCUGGAAGCCAGCGAGCUUCCCUUGCUGAUCCAGGACCUGCUGGAGCACGAGAAGAAGGAGCUCCAGAAACAGCAGCAACAGCAGCAGCUCAGCUCCCUCCACCAGGGGGCGAUGAGGGGGCACAUGGGAGGCCACCCCAACCACCAGGGGGGUCCUGGACAUAUCAUGCUGACCCAACACCAUCGCCCCCCACCCCAGGGCAUGAUGGGACAGCCAGGUAUGGUGCCACGCCCUCCACACCUCCUGCAGCAGCAAAGGAUCAUGGGACAAUCUGGGAUGACGCCACAGCACAUGGCUGCCAUGGCUCAGCAACAAGGAAUGAUGAGGGUGGGGCAUCCUGGGGGAAUUCACCCAGGGCUCAACCCUCAGCAGCAGCAGCAACAACAGAUCAAACAGUCAACUCUGGCUGAUAACUUCUUCCCUGAUGAAGAUCUAGACAAGUUUGUGACUGACGACAUUAUGGAUCCCAUCGCCAAGGCAAAGAUGGUGGCACUGAAGGGCAUCAAGAGAGUGUUGGCACAGGACCCAAUGGGGGUACCCCCUGGCAUCAACAGGCAACAGGUCUCUCUGUUGGCCCAGAGACUAGCGUCAGCACCAGGAACAGGAGACCCACAGGGUCAACUCGCAUCUGGCCCAUCUAAGGAAGGGGAAAGCAGUGACCCAACACAAUCAAGACCCAACCCUCCCCAGUUUGUACAAGGGAUCAUCAACGAUACAGAGCAGCAUCAGUAUGAAGAGUGGCUCCUACACACCCAGCAGCUGCUGCAGAUGCAGCUCAAGUUCCUGGAGGAGCAGAUCGGAGCUCACCGCAAGUCCCGUAAGGCUCUGUGUGCCAAGCAGCGCACUGCCAAAAAGGCAGGCCGUGAUUUUGCCGAGGCUGACGCAGAGAAACUCAAAUUGGUCACAGAGGAGCAGAGCAAGAUCCAGAAACAGCUGGACCAGGUGCGAAAGCAGCAAAAGGAACACACCAACCUGAUUGCAGAGUACAGGAGCAAGCAGCAGCAGCACCAGCAGGGCUCUGGUCUCCUGGCCCCAGGGCCCUCCACCCAGGGGACCCACAUGCUCUCCAAGAUGCCCGGGCAGAUGAUGAUGGGCCAGCAAGGAGCUCCCAUGAUGGGCCAACCUCCAGGAAUCAUGCCCCAGGGAGGUAUGCCUGUCAGAAUGCCCCCACAGGGGCAGCCGUUCCUGGGAGGAGGCCAGCACCCCGGAGCCCUGGGAGUCAGAUCCCCUGGUCCUCCUGUUUGUCCUCCUGCAGGGUUCUUCCCCCAGGGUCCAGGAGGAGUCCAAGGAGCAGACCCAAGACUUCUCCAGGAGAGACAACACAGGAUGCAGAUGAUCCAGAAACUACAACAGCAGCAGCAACAACAGGCGAUGAUGCAAGGCCAGCAGCCCAUGCCACAUCCAGGUGUCCAACCAGGUAUGUUGCCACAGCCAAGCGUCAUGGGUAACUCUCUGAUUAGUCAACAACAACAACCAAACCUCCAACAGGGAAUUAUGCCCAACCAGGCCAUGGUGCCCCAGGGAAUGGUACCAGGGCAGGCUGUGGCCCAGCCACCUCAGACCCUGAUGGGAGGGCAGCCUAUGAACCAGCCUCCAGGCAUGAUGGGGGCCCAGCCAGGGUUGAUGGGGGCCCAGCCAGGGUUGAUGGGGGCCCAGCCAGGGUUGAUGGGGGCCCAGCCAGGCAUACAGCAGCAACAGAGGCCUCAGGUCAUAAUGGGACAGCAGGGAGUAGGGGGACCCCCUCAGCACCAUGGACUAAGAGGACCCGGCCAGGCCCAGCUCACACCUCAACAACAACAAAUCCUGGCUCAGCGCAUGUUGGCGCAACAGAAGCUACAGCAGCAGCAGCAAGUGGCACAACAACAGCUUAGGCAACCACCACCACAGGGCUUCAUCAGCCAACCCAUCCAGGCUCAAGACUCCCACGGAGGACUCUCUCAACCUGCUACCCCAGGUCAGAUGGGAUCUUCUCCCGCUUCAGCAGGGGGGAGCACGCGGGUCACCCCUCAACCAACUGAGGGGCUGCAGCAGGGGGAGGGUGGCAUCCUUAGUCCUAGCUCCAAGACCCCUCCACAGCAGGGUGGAGCUGGACCUUCAACCCCUGGCCAGAUGACCCAACCAGGGGCUGCUGGAGAGCAACAGGCGGUAGUGGGACAACAACAGCAAUACAUGGCCCAGCAGCAGCAACAGGCACCACAACAACAACCGCCUCAAAAUGCUCAAGCUGGACAUCAACAGCAAGCAGGUUACCAACAGGCAGGCAUGCAUCCUCAAGUACAACAGCAGCAACCACAGCAGCAACAGCAGCUUCAACAACAACUCUCUCUACAGCGACAGAACUCCCUCAAUGCUGAUCCCUCAAAGUCUGGUUUGGUUACCGUCAAGCAGGAAGGACAGCAGAUGUGUUACAUGGCCCAACAACAGCAACAACAACAACAUAAUCUUAUGCAGCAAGCCCAAGACCCCAUUAGACAACAACAGCAACAACAACAGAAUAUUAUGCAGCAAGCCCAAGACCCCAUUAGACAACAACAUGACAAUAUGGGCCAGAUGAAAAAUGUGAUGGGUCAACAGAACCACCCUGGUCAGCCUCAGCCCGUCCCUGGUAUGCCAGGCCACCCUAGUCCCCAGCAACAGGCCCUCAUGGCCCAGCAGCAGAAGCAGCAGGCCAUGAUGGGCAUGCUGAGAGCCCAGCAGCAGGGCAUGAUGCCUGGCCAGAGGCCUGGAGGUCCACCUGGUCAGAUACGCACCCCAGUCAACAUCCAGGCUAUCAUAGCCCAGAACCCCCAGCUCCGACACCUCACCCCCAACCAGCAGAUACAGCACAUCCAGGCCAUGUUCCAACAGCGCCAGCUCCAACAGCAGCAACAACAACAGGGCCAGAUGCUGAGGCUUCAGGUGGGCCAAGGACAGCCAGGGCAGAUGGGGCCCCUAGGAUCAGGGCAGCAGGUGGGACAGGUCCAGAGGAUGCCUGGAGGUCUGGAGGCCCAGCAGCAGCAGAUGCACUAUGGAGGAGCUCUGGGGAAACCAGGGGGAGUGGGCUCCCCGCAACAACCAGGGAUGAUGGGCCUCGGCCAACCACCGGGCGUGGUGGUGACUCAGAUGCAGCAGCAGCAAGGGAUCACGGGACCUGUAGUCCAACAGCAGCAGCCAGGAGCCUCGCCUCAGUAUUCUCUGAGUGUCCAGCAGCAGCAGAUGAUUCAGCAACAACAGGCCCAGCAACACCAGAUGAUGAGAUGCCAGGUACCCAUGGUUCGCUCCCCCAUGGGGCAGGUACGUGGUGGGCCCCCUCAUGGCCGCCUCAUAAGGCCCAUGUCUCCCCGCCAACCCUUGGCCAACUCCCCUGGUGACCCCCAGCGCCACGCCAUGGCACAGGCGAUGGGGAUGCGUCAACCCAACCAAGUCAUGCAACACCAGCAACAACCACAGAUCCACAUGGCUCAACAACGCUUCCAGGGCUCUCCCUCCCACGCAGGAUCCCCUGCAGGAUCCUCAGUCCAGAAACAGGAAGCAGGCAUGAGCCCAGCUACCCCAGGCACGCCACACUCCACCCACGUUGCCUCUCCAUCUGUAACUGACGGUGCAGCUGGGAAAGGUAGUCCUUACAGUCAGAUCAAGGCGUCUCCUCUCAGGUCACCUGGAGCAUCCAAGAGUCCCCUGGACUACCCUGGGCUUAAGGCCGGAAGUGGCGACAUUACUCAGAGCCAAGUCCCCCCGAAUGGGCCUUCGCCUCAGAAGGGUGAGAGUGGACAGCAGGGACGGCAGCAUCCACAACAGGGUUCAGAGAACCAGGGUGGUCCUCAAUCUCCACCAGGCUCCAGAGAGGGAGCUCUGUGUAAGAUGACCCUAGAGAACAUCAAACAGGAGCCCAGAGAGGUGACCUGUGAUGGGGAAGGAGGUGGUGGUCCACACUCUGGGGCCAUCAAGAGGGAGGUGACUGGGGAGCCGGUUGGAGGGUUUGGUAACACUGGUCCUGGACUAGGAGGGGACCCAGGAGCCCACGUCCCCAGGACUGAGACAGGACAACAGCUGCUGCAGAAGCUCCUGAGGACCAAGAACCUGCAGCUGGCAGCUCAUAGGCCAUCUGACGGCAUCCACAACGAGAUCAACGGACACAUCAACAGCAAGCUGGCCAUGCUAGAGCAGAAACUACAGGGGACUCCACGCAAUAUGGAGGAUCUGCAGUCCAUCACAAAGAGGGCUCCUGUUGCCAAGGCAAAGCGCACCAACAAGACUGGAGAACGAGCGCCCCAGUCCCGUAAGAAGAAGAAAGAGGAGGUUGGGAAGAGCACUGAAGCCCUGAUGAAACAACUGAAACAGGGCCUUUCUCUCCUUCCCCUGAUGGAGCCCUCCAUCACUGCCAGUCUGGACCUAUUCGCCCCUUUCGGCAGCAGCUCAGCCAACGGCAAGGCCCAGCUCAAGGGCUCCUUUGGAAAUGCAGUACUGGACAACAUCCCAGACUACUACUCUCAGCUUCUCACCAAGAGUAACCUCAGUAAUCCACCAACACCCCCGUCCUCCCUGCCCCCCACACCACCCCCCUCGGUGCAGCACAAGAUGCUCAACGGGACGACUGCUGUGGAGGAGCUGACUGAGGUACAGAAGGAUUCCGAGACCACAGAGGACACUAUGGAUUCUGUCACUGAGGAGGUAAAGAGUAUGGAUAUCCUUGCAGCACUCCCCACCCCUCCUCAUAACCAGAACGAGGACAUCAGGAUGGAGAGUGAUGAGGACAGCGACGCUCCAGACAGUAUUGUUCCAGCAUCCUCUCCUGAGAGUGACCUAGGUGACGAGGCACCCCGCUUCCCUCGCCUCAGAGAACCCAAAGAGGAGGAGACUGAGAGAACCAUCUCCCCUACCAUACCACUCAUCCCCCGCACUGCCAUCCCAGUGUUUCCAGAGAACAAGCCGUUUGAAGCAGCGGAUGACAAGGUGGUGUCUACAACCAACCCCUGGGACAAAGCCAAGAGCAACGAGGUGGCUGUGACCUUCGCACUGUCCUCCGCUGCAGCCAAGAAUCUGAACCAUGUAAUGGUGGCGGUGGCUCAGCUCCUCCACAUGCGGAUGCCUGGUUCCUAUGAGGUGGCUUUCUCUCCCAGCCCGGGCAGAGCAGGAGCCUCAGGACCAGGAAAAAGCCCCGAACAACCAGGUACUGGACCUCCAGGUACCCCGUGUGUGAAGACUGGUGGUAUAGAUGGUAGUUCACCCAGCCAGGAUGCAGAGUGGCUCAGACAGUUUGAUGUUUCUCUGCCAGGCUGCACUCUGAAGAAACAGGUGGACAUCCUCUCACUCAUCAAACAGGAGUUCCCCGAACAGGAGGACAAACCGGUUCAGCACUGUUACACCACCAACGUGUCUGACCUGGACGUACGCCAUCUCCCCGUCAUCCCUGUCGAGGAUUCCCCGCCCUCCUCUCCCUCUCCUCCUCCAGCUCCUCCUAGUGAACCUGAGCCUCCCACACAACCAGCCUCCCCCUCCCAGCCAGCCUCCCCCUCUCAGCUAGCCUUUCCCUCUCAAGCUCCCUCCAGCCCUGCUCAGACCACCUUUCAGAUUAAAACGGAGCCUGCCACCGCCACUGUUCAGAUCAAAACGGAGCCUGAGGCUGAGGAGGCCAUCCUUCCCCCUCCUGACCCUGUCCUUCUCCCUGACUCUGACCCUGGUGCUGACACUAAGGCUCCUGUUCCUAACUCUGCUGAGGCUCCCGCUGCUCAGGCGGACUGUGAUGCCAAGCCUGCUGACCAACCAGCCCCCCAGCCCCAGGACACCCCCACAUCCCCCACCCCCAGCCUGGAGGUGAUCUCCCCCAAGGUGAAGCACCGCAGCAGGCCCCUCUCGCCCGACCCUGAGGAGAUGGUGGUCCGGCCCAAGGUGAAGAAGUGGAAGGGCCUCCGUUGGAAGCGUCUCCAGAUCGUCAUCACCAUCCGUAAAGGAGGCUCCAAGAAGGAGAGCAGCCGCGGGGUCUCAGAGCUCAUGGAGCGUCUCCGCAUCACCCUGAGACCUGAUAAACUGCCCCGGGACAAACGCAAGUGCUGCUUCUGCCACGAGGAGGGCGACGGCGCCACAGACGGCCCCGCCAGGCUCCUCAACAUCGACGUGGACCUGUGGGUUCAUCUCAACUGCGCCCUAUGGAGCACGGAAGUGUACGAGACGCAGGGAGGCGCGCUGAUGAACGUAGAAAUGGCGUUGAGGCGCGGGCUCCGCACCCGCUGUGCCUACUGCCAGAAGACGGGCGCCACCAACAGCUGCAGCCGCCUGCGCUGCCCCAACGUCUACCACUUCGCCUGCGGCAUCCGGGCCCGCUGCAUGUUCUUCAGGGACAAGACCAUGCUGUGCACCCAACACAAACUGAAAGGACCCAGCGAGGAGGAGCUGACGGGCUUCGCCGUGUUCCGCCGCGUCUACAUCGAGAGAGACGAGGUUAAGCAGAUCGCUAGUAUUUUACAACGCGGCGACCGCAUCCACCUGUUCCGCGUAGGCGGCCUCAUCUUCCACGCCGUUGGCCAGCUGCUGCCGUCUCAGAUGCAAGCCUUCCACUCUCCGACCGCCAUCUUCCCCGUGGGCUACGAGGCUACCAGGAUCUACUGGAGUACGCGGGUGCCUAACCGCCGGUGUCGGUAUCGUUGUCGUAUCAGCGAGACGGAGGGAAGGCCGCUGUUCGAGGUACGGGUGCUGGAGCAUGGACAGGAGGACCUGCACUACCGCGACACCAGCCCAGAAGGUAUCUGGGACAGAGUGGUUCAGUCUGUAGCUAAGCUGAGAGAAGAGUCUGCCAUGCUGAAGCUGUUCACUGACCAUGUGAAGGGAGAGGACAUGUACGGCCUCACGGUCCACGCCGUGCUGCGCAUCACUGAGUCGUUGCCUGGAGUGGAGAGCUGCCAGAACUAUGUGUUCCGCUAUGGUCGCCACCCUCUGAUGGAGCUGCCCCUCAUGAUCAACCCCACCGGCUGCGCCCGCUCCGAACCCAAGAUCCUCACACACUGCAAGAGGCCUCACACCCUGAACAGUACGUCCAUGUCCAAGGCCUACCAGAGCACCUUCACCGGCGAGAUCAACACCCCCUACAGCAAGCAGUUUGUCCACUCCAAGUCCUCCCAGUACCGCCGUCUGAAGACAGAGUGGAAGAACAACGUCUACCUGGCCCGGUCCCAAAUCCAGGGCCUGGGGCUGUACGCUGCCAAGGACCUGGACAAACACACCAUGGUCAUCGAGUAUAUAGGAACCAUCAUCCGCAACGAGGUGGCCAACCGCCGCGAGAAAAUCUACGAGGAACAGAACCGUGGGAUCUACAUGUUCCGCACCAACAACGAGCAUGUGAUCGAUGCCACUCUGACCGGCGGCCCUGCUCGCUAUGUCAACCACUCCUGUGCCCCCAACUGUGUUGCUGAGGUGGUGACGUUUGACAAAGAGGACAAGAUCAUCAUUAUCUCCAGUCGCCGAAUCCCCAAGGGUGAAGAGCUGACGUACGACUAUCAGUUUGACUUUGAGGACGAUCAGCACAAGAUCCCUUGCCACUGCGGAGCCUGGAAUUGCCGAAAGUGGAUGAACUAAACUAACAGGGAGAAUAAGAGGGGAGUCCCUUCUUUCUCCCGGGUGCCAGAACAGAACACUCCUGCUGCGCCAAAGCCUUUAGAAUCUUUAGAACUACUUACCCAGUUCAUAAGCUGUUCGUAAGCUGUUCAUAAGCUGACGAACGAGGAGGGAAACUAACCUCCAAAACAAUAAAAGACUAAGACGUUUGCAUUCACACCUGUAGCCAAAGGUUUGGAGAGCAUUACUGAUAUAAAAGCAAACAAACCAUCUCUAUUGACAUCCAGCCGAAUGGUGGGACAAUCUCUUUGUGGAUGAACUGUGUCCUCUGCCAAAAGCAACUCUUUCCUCUACCUACCUACCGCAACCCUUUCAAUAACUAUGGCUGGAGUACAAUCCUCUCUACACCUACCAAAUGUUCUGAUUCUAUCUAUGUGAUAUCAAUACUCUCUUAGGACAGACCUCACCUAGAGCUUUGAAGAAAGAAGCCAUUUUAAGUACUAAGAACAAACUAAUGCAUUUUUUAAAGUCUUACCUAUCCUUUUCUUCUUCUCCCGCACUCUCCCCUUCCUAACCUAACCCUUAAGGAAAAGAAACUCUCCCAUCGUCAUUGGUGAAGAUUGACUUCCCGACGUGGAUAUUAUUGGCUAGCUAGACAAUCCUGAAGACAGUGUCUCUGAGUCUGUAUAGAAGAACUAUGUAUUGUUGAUGGAGACGGAGUAGAAAGAUGUAAGAUAAUAUAAAAGUUGACCUCUAGAGGCACCAGACAGAAAGACAGAGGUUUUAUUAUUGUCCUGACUGACUAAAGGAGUUUAUAAAGGUGGGUUAGUUGGACCCCCAGUCUACCUCAUUGAUCUAGUGGGAGUGACUGCUUACUUUGCGUAAAAACUGUAACUGCUACUGUGGAAAAGGGAGAAGAAAGGUGUCGGUGGGAAUGUUUUCAUUAGGCUAAUAAUAUAGCCUUCUCGGACAAGCAGGGAAACUUAAAAUAGCAGCCGGUUUGCUCUAUCUAUUCUAUGCUGAUUUUACAAUAAUGAGCCAACAAUAUUAUUCCUCAUUAAUUAUGUAUACAGACGGAUUAAAUUAUAUGAUCGUUUUUUAAGAUAUCACAUUAAGAUCAAUCACAAGCUUAACAGGUGUCAUUAGAUGACUCCUGGUCAUCCUGGAUUUCAUGUAGCUACUUUUUUUUGCCAUUCUCUGCAUAUUUAUAAUGCAUUUAGAUAUCAUGCUUUUUAGUUGUGUGACUGAACGCACAAUAACAUCCACCCUUAUGUUGCGGAGGACUGAGCGAGAGAUUGGUGUGAAUGAUUGUUGCUUCCACAGCUUCAAUACAAAGUGAAGUAGGAUCACGGCGCUAAUUUAAUAAGAAGUCUUUGGCAAGACGAUCAAGUCCAACUACCCUAAUGAGUGAAGGAAGUGUAAUGUACGCUUGCUGCUUUGUGCCUUUAGGUCACACAUUAAGCAGAAAGCUUGCGGGUAAUGAUGCAAGACAAGACUACUAUCCAAUUUUGUUUUCCACCUUUUAGUCCUUCAAAUCCCAUCUGCAUUUUAAUAUUUUCUUUUCUCGUCAACCAUGAAUCUAGCCUCUUCCUCUCUAUAUCAUGUAGUGGACUGUUGUAAACUUUACUGUAGUGAGUCUUUCUCUGCCUGGCCCUGCCUGUCUAACCACACCACCGCUAGGUGUAUUUAUAAAGAUCCCUGUAUUGUGGUUUUCUAGUGGUAGUACGGUCUUCUAUACUGGAGGCUUGAAUCAAGGGCAGGGGAAGACUUGUAAAAAAAGGGCAUUUGUUUUCUUUUUUUAUGAAAUUAAUAACAAAGUAGAUCUUCAAAGGGGAGAGUUCUGAAGUCUCCAUGACGAUGUCUCCUGUACUACUUUGUAUCCUCUACCCUGACCUAAAACCUCACAUAAGAAAAAUGCAAAAGUGUACAAACUGUAUAUAUAUACUAUAGGGGGCAACAAACUCUUUAUCCAACCCCUUUUUAAUCAAUAAAAAUCUAAAAUUGUAGAGAAAUAAAAUUGAUGAAAGAAAUCAACCACUGGAUAUCAUUUUAUCAAAGAUUAUGCUGUGUGUGUGUGUAUAUAGAUAUAUAAAUAUAUGUAAAAUGGAGUGUUUUUGCAUUUACCUGUUUUUCUAUUAGCAUUUUUUGCUAUAAGCUUUCAAAGACAGUUUGUUAAAAUAGGUAUGGUCUUCUCCAAUGACUUGGAUGAGAAGCCAAGAGUGAUAAGAGAAUGUUCUAGAUGCAUUAUGGAAAGUUGUCAAGAUUAUUACAACUUCAUGAAAAAUCACUUGUGUAAAAGCAGUACAAGGGUGCAUAGCAUUUGUGUAUUUAUGUACAAUUGUUCACGUAUUUGUUCAUUUACUUUUUAAUUUAUGCUACUACUUGUCAAUUUUACCAAAACCUGUCUAUCCCUUGAUUGGUCACAAUUGGAUUAUUAGUAUGAGUCAGUAAAUGGAAAAUCUUGAACUCCUCCCUGGCUAGGAUAUUAGUUAUUAAAUAUGAUUCGUGUUUUAUUAUCUUCCCUAUAGAAGUGAAUGUGUUGGUAUACCUUGUGAAAACGGGCUACUCGGCCUGAUGUAUGUUAUGACUAAAUAUUCAAAGUUAACCCCGUACUUACCGGAGAAUGAAUUGCACUCAAUAGUAAAUGGAUAGAGUACUUCUCUAAAAGUGGUAGAUAUUGCUAAAGUAUCUGAGUCAGUGAUAUUUUUUUCUUGGUAUGUUUAUUUGAAGGGAAGACCAUGACAAGACAUUUUGUCGCUCACUGGAUUUUAGCCUAAAUAACUUCUUCCUACCUUCUAUCAUGUUUGAAUAUCUAAUUUAAGUUCUCGGCAUAUCUUAUAAUUUAAAUAAAGAGCUUGCUAAAAGUUGAA